CGAUAUAUAUAUAUAGAUGUACCGUUGUCAUUUUUAAUUAUUAAAAAAUAUUAUGUUACGAGAUUUAUUGAAUAUUAUAAUAUAUUUUGUUAAAUUGUUUUUUAGUAUAUUUGUAAAUAAAUUAUUUUAAAUUUGAUUUGAUUUAAAUAUUGAUAUGCAAUAAAUUGAAUUUUACUAUCUUUUCUUUUAUAUUUCCUUUUUUCAGAGGUUAUGUAUCAUUCUUUUAUUUAAGGUUAUUCUUCUAUUUAAGAUUACACCAUAAGGUAGUUUAAAGUUAUAUUAUACACAUUUAAUUUAAUAAUAACAAACAAUUUUAUUAUUUUAAUAAUUUGAUUUAUAUCAUAGACGUAUUUUUAAUUCUAAAUAAUUUAAAUUUAUGUAAUUACAAAUAUAAUAAAUUAUUAUAGAAAAUAUAUAUUGUAUUUUUUAACUAAUAUGCCUUUCAAGCAUAUUAAUAAUAAUGAUUAAGACAAACUAAUAAAUUAUAGAAUUUUCUAUAAUUUGUAGUAGGUUAUCUACUGAUAAUAUUUUUUGUAUUAUUAUAAAUUUAAAAUUAUGACAACUAUGUGUAAAGAUAAAACACAAGAAACUUUGCAGAAAGAAGAACUUCAACUACUAACUAAAUCAGAAUUGAUAGAAAGGAUAGUAAAUUUAGAAAAAGAAAAUAAACAAUUAAAGACUGUAAGUAAUGAAAAAAAUGAAAAAUCAAAGAAUAAAGAUAUUAUUCGUAAAUCACAAAAACCAUUUGACUUUUCAAAAUGUAAUAAAAGACAUAUUUUGUUAAAAUUUUAUUAUCUUGGAUGGGAUUACAAUGGUUUUGUUGUACAAGAGAGUAUUGAUAACACAAUAGAAGAACAUUUGUUUGAAGCAUUAAUAAAAAGUUGUUGUAUAGAGUCGCGUGAAACAUCAAAUUAUCAUAGAUGUGGAAGAACAGACAAAGGUGUUAGUUCAUUUUCACAAGUAAUUUCUUUGGAUAUAAGGAGUAAAUUAAAUCCAGAAGAUCAAUAUAAAUUAGAGGAUGAACUUCCAUAUUGCAAAAUGUUAAAUAGAUUACUUCCAUCUAACAUAAGAUGCAUUGCAUGGUGUCCAGUACCUAAUGAUUUUUCAGCAAGAUUUAAUUGUAAAUUUAGAACUUACAAGUACUUUUUUCCAAGAGGAAAUUUAAAUAUAGAUGCUAUGGAUAAGGCUGUUAAAUAUAUUAUAGGAGAACAUGAUUUUCGAAAUAUUUGUAAAAUGGAUGUUGCUAAUGGAGUUAUUAAUUAUAUAAGAAAAGUUAUUAAUGCAGAAGUACGUAUGUAUCGCCAAGACUUUAGAAAUAUUUCAGGAUAUGAUAUGUGUCAAUUAAUUAUAACAAGUCAAGCAUUUCUAUGGCAUCAAAUUCGUUGCUUAAUGGGUGUUUUAUUUCUUAUUGGUGAAGGAAAAGAAGAGGCUGAAAUUAUGUUGGAGCUUCUAAAUAUUGAAAACUGUCCUAAAAAACCACAAUAUAAUUUAGCUCAUGAAAUACCAUUAAAUCUUUGGUACUGUGAAUAUGAUACUAAAGAAUGGUAUAUUCAUAAAGAUGAAUUAUUCAAUACAAUAAAACUUUUACAAAAAGAUUGGACUUUAAAUACAGUAAGAUCAGUAAUGAUUGAAAACAUGUUAUUGGAAUUAGAAAAUUCAAUCAACUACAAAAAUAUGUCUUUUCAAAAUGAUUGUUUAUUACUUGGAGUACAAUCUAAAGUGUAUCAACGUUUAAUGAAACGACCCACAUGUGAAAGCUUGGAAAGUAAAAUAAAACACUAUGAAACUAAAAAAAAAAAAAAGGAAUAAUUUCUAAUUGUAAUUUAUAAAAUUUAUUAAAAUUACUCCCUCAUGUGAUUUAUUAAAUAAAUAAAUGUAUUAUUUUCCAACAAUAGAA